AUGGGUGUCAAUGCAAGCUCUACACUUAGAACUGAAGAGAUAGAAGAACUUCAAAGUCAUUCAAAAGUUUUUACACAAAAAGAUAUUAGAAGAUUAUAUAAAAGAUUCAAGAGAUUGGAUAAAGAAGAAAAAGGUACUGUAAAUGUAGAGGAUUUUUCACAGAUUCCAGAGCUGUCGAUGAAUCCACUGCUGCCUCGACUCAUAGCGAUCUUUGACGUCAAUAGAAACGGUCAGCUUAAUUUUGCGCAAUUUGUAAAUACACUAUCGGUCUUCCAUCCAAAUGCUGAUAAAAUAGAUAAAAUUAAAUUAUUAUUCAAGGUUUAUGAUAUCAAUAACGACGGAUUUAUUACGAAACAAGAAAUUCAAACAGUUUUGACAAUGAUGGUAGGAAAGAAUCUUACGACCGAUCAAAUAGAAACCAUAGUCGAUGAGACACUACACGAAGCAGAUAAAGAGAAUAAAGGAAAAUUGAAUUUUGAUGCCUUUUGCUCUUCUUUAGAAAAUGGAUUCACCGAUAAUAUGUUAUCAAUUUCAUUUAAACCAUGUUAUUAA